CUUGUAUCAGAUAGGCCGUGGGAGUCAUCAGAACUGUGCGUCGUAUGCCACCCUUCAACAACUUCCCAAGAAGAGGAGUUUCACAGACCUGCCGACGUCCAUCCAUGGGUGGAAAGGGAAGUUUGUGUUCGUGUCUCUGGGCGAGGGGGGCACAGAGUUUCCCUCCGUCGGCCACACAGGCCGUUUUAAUCUUCAUGAUGCGCCGAGGAGCUCCAUCCUGGACGCUCAAGUUGAGGCCUUCCUGGAGGGGGGGCCGAGGAGUGUGAAGACAUAUAUUACCGAGUACAAGAUGGCCUUCCUGGAGGGGGGGCCGAGGAGUGUGAAGACAUAUAUUACCGAGUACAAGAUGGCCGCCCUCGGCUUUGUACGGUAUUUUGUGUAUGGUGAUCUCGACGAUGAUGUGGAGUUGUGGCCGAAGAUGACCACGUCCUAUGAGGAGGUUGAUGGUCCCGAUCUGGGGGUGCCAGCUGAGGCCGAUG